CCGGUGAUGGUGAAUCCCACCACUGGCGCUGAUCCACAGGAGGGCCAUGCCUUCAUGCUGGCCUGUAAGGGCUCGGGCCCUGGCAUCACCACGGUCUGGUACAAAGACAAUGAGCCUAUCGCCGCCGACCAAAGGAUUUGGCUCAGUGAGAACCACGCCAUGCUGGCCUUCAGCUCUCUGCUGCCCUCUGAUGGCGGCUACUAUGAGUGUAAAACAGUCGUGACCAACAGCACCAUCCGCGUGACAAGCCGAGGGUACCAGCUGAGCUUCGGAACUAUAGCUGUGAGCAUCAUUGGCCCGGACACAGUGGAGGCCGGAGUCGAGCACACCUUCACCUGCCAGGCCAACUGCACCCUGGACUGCUCCAUCUCCUGGAGCUUCCCACACAGCUUCCCCCAGGGCUCCUUCUCAUUCAGGGGAGACACGGUCCGAUGGACUCCAGCGACUCCUGGGCUGGUUCAGGUGUUCCAGUGUAGCGCACAGAACUCGCUGGCCCAGAGGACAGCCCAAGCCACCAAGAGAGUGACAGUAUCGGGACCUCCUCUUCCCCCUGCACCCAGUGGCUCGGUGGUGGAGAGACCCUCACUAGCUCUGGUCUCCAUGGUCUGCCUGCAGCUGCUGUUUGCCCUGUCUGCCUAGUGGGGGCGCUCCUGUGCCAUGCAGUGAAGUGCAGCGCAGAGUCUUGUUUGAUGCACCCAGGCCAGGCCAACUGAGUCGCACU